GAGGAGGGGCGGGCCACUCCCCCCCGGACCAUUUAAUGCGUCUCGGAGAAAGCCGUAGGGCUCACAGUGAAGCGGCGGUGUCGGUGUCUCGGUCUCCUGUCCAGCGCAUUCUCCUGCCGGGUUCUGUCUGUCUGUCCGUCCGUCCGUCCGUCUGUCUGUCCGUGCGGCUCAAACGUUCUGCUCGGGGGACAGCGCCAGGUGCCCCUCCCGCCAGCCCGGGGACAGCCUCCGCCGCUGGUGGACUUCAUGUCCGUGUUGAGUCCCCUGCCCUGCUCUGAUUAUCUGAGAUCAGAUGAAAUGACUGAAGUGAUGAUGAACACCCCAGCUAUGGAUGAGAUUGGGCUAAGCCCCCGCAAGGAUGGCUUGUCAUACCAGAUCUUCCCUGAUCCCUCAGACUUUGACCGAUACUGUAAGCUGAAGGACCGUCUACCCUCCAUUGUGGUGGAGCCCACAGAGGGUGAUGUGGAGAGUGGUGAGCUGAGAUGGCCACCCGAAGAGUUUCUUGUGCAGGAGGAAGACGAGGAAGAAAACUGUGAAGAUGCAAAGAAGGACAGUAAGGAGCAAUAAAUGGCAUGUGAGGAAAGGCAAGGGACUACACCCUUCUGGAGGAAGAACCACACUUCUUUUGAAAGUCUUUUUUUUAUAUAAAAAAAAGACAAGUUCAAUUUUGCACCUGCAAGAUCUUAGUUUUUUUGUAUUCUCUGUAUUGAGAACUGAAGCCCUCGGUGUAACCAGACCUCCUGAGGAAGGAAGGAUGUAACACAGAAAUGUUUGCUGUUCUUGAGAUCACUAUCUGUAUUUUUCUAAGGUGGAGGCAGCAUGAAAUUCCUAGCACAUGGCUGAGGGUGACCAUGUGAGGACUGCUGAAGGGGGGUUGCUCAGGGAGUGGAAGGAAAGUCAGAGGUGGCAGUGCUUAUCUGGGAGCUGCCUCUGGCUAAAAGCAUGAGAACAGAGCCAUCAUCUCUCAGAUUUGCCUUUCUUACAGUUUCCAUUUUGUGUGUCAUGGGGUGGAAGGAUGUCUGUAGCAAAGCAUUGCUAAGCACCCUACUGAGGAGGGGCUUGCAGCUCUUCCUGGUUUGGCACCUCCUAGGGUAACUUGAGCAUCUGUAUGAGUAGUGGGGUUUCUUGCUCCUGCUGUUGAGCCUAUUUUCCAGCUACUUUUCCCAAAGCUGUUUACCCCUCUCUGUCUGCCUUUAGACUCUUCAAUGCUGAUCAGCUGUAUUUGCAGGAUAAUGUUAAGCUGCUGCUUAACUCAUCUCUACAGCCCUAGUUUGUCCUGGAUGUGGUUGAAUGUGAGGUAAUUCACAUUGGAUGUAAAGAUGCUUCUCUCUGCAGCAAGAGCUUGUGUAGGUUUGAACACAUGGGAUUUUUCUCCUGUUUGCUGAGGCUGCUGUGUAUGCUCCUGUCUUGUACAAUGAACAAAGCCCUAAGAUGCAGGGUGGGGAUUAUACCUCCUUUCCUUGGUGUCCUUGAGGCUACAGAGUUUCAUGUCUCUAACUUGCUGGUCAGUGGGCUCCUGAGGGCUGGCUGAGGGAUCUCCAGCUUUGUCCCGCAGGGACUCCUCAGAGCUCUGGCAGUACAGGACCUGCUGGUAGGGGUGUACAUUGUGGGGAGUGCUGUCAGACCUGGAAGUAAUCCAAAGAUGAAACACCGGCUCUAGUUUGGAUCACCCGUGAGAGAAGGGGUGUUUGGAGGAGGGGUCUCUUGGGAGGGGAUUAGCCUGAGUGCCCUGAGACAAGAUGUGGUUCUGCUUUGUAGCAAGGGUGAAACAUUCAUAGUUGUUUAAUGAAGUGCAGAUGGACUUGUGAACUCUGGUUGUGUUGUCUUUUACCAUAUCCUGCUCCAAGGAGAAGUCAUCUGUCUCAGUUUGGGGAGGAGGCCAGUCUGCUGCCAAGUGGUAACUUGCUGCUUUUCUAGAAAGUGAUGAUCUUGCAGCUUGGGGGACCAGCUUAGGAGUCAAUUGGUCUUGGGACAGAAUGAAAACAGCACCUAAACCAAAUGUGGGGUUAUGGAAGAGAAAAAAUGUCAAGGCCUUAACCAAACUUUCAUAAUAAUCCCAGUGCCACCCCCCUUUGCUUAUAACUGGUUCCAUUUUUAAAAUCUAUUUGGACAUUUGCGUAUUUGUAUUUUUAAUACUUCAGUAGUUAAAUGCUGGUGGGGGUUUGGAACUGCUUUUAACACAUUGGCAGGAUUGGUUUUAGUCUUGUGUUUAAGCAUAAUGGCAAUAAUUUAUCAGCUCUGCAUAAC